AACCCUACGAUGCAAUAUUAUCGGUAUCAAUCAUCUUCAAAGAGUCAACAAACCAAUCUUCCGAUUUAUAUAUUUCACUCACUCGAGUCCUCAAUUUCUCCCUCCUAUAUCUAUAUACUUGCAUACAGAUUGCAAAGUGGAGUGCAAUUGAUUAUCUUUCUCAGUCCUAAUCUUUUUUAUAAACGUAUAAAUCUCAAUAUCGUCUGGCAGUAUGGCUGCGGAGAGUUCUAGAUCUAAUUCGGCGGCCGAUUCCUACGUGGGAAGUCUAAUUAGCUUGACUUCCAAGAGUGAAAUUCGAUAUGAAGGGAUUUUGUAUAACAUCAAUACUGAUGAGUCUAGUAUUGGACUGCGUAAUGUGAGAUCUUUUGGAACAGAAGGACGUAAGAAAGACGGUCCACAAGUCAUGCCUAGUGAGAAAGUCUACGAGUACAUACUAUUCCGUGGAAGUGAUAUUAAGGACCUUCAGGUUAAAUCAUCUCCACCUGUUCAACCUCCAAUGCAAACAACAACCAUAAACAGUGAUCCUGCCAUUAUUCAGUCUCAUUAUACUCGCCCAGCAUCCACAUCUUCAGGCUUACCCCCUCCUGUUACUGGGUCUUUGACAGACAGUCUUUCUCAAAAUGUACAACCGGGACAACCUGGUUCAACUUUUCAAGGAGCUAUCCCUUUGUACCAACCUGGAGGAAAUAUGGGAUCUUGGGGUCCUUCGCCUUCACAUCCAAGUGCAAAUGGUAGUGGACUUCCGAUGCCAAUGUAUUGGCCAGGUUACUAUGCUCCACCAAAUGGACUUCCUCAAGUCCACCAGCAAUCUUUGCUUCGGCCACCACCCGGGCUGGCAAUGCCACCUGCAGUGCAGCAGCCAAUGCAGUACCCUACCUUUAAUCCAUCCUUGCCAACUGGAGCUUCAAAUAUGCCAGGUUCGAACCUGCCAGAGUUUUCAUUGCCUUUGCUUCCUACAAGUACUAAUCCACUCAAUUCAACAAACACCUCUUUGCCUUCAAGUCUGCCUCCUGCUCCAGCUAUAACAUUGUCUUUGGAAGCAUUACCUAGUUUUAUGCAAAAUAAGGCCACUAAUUCUGCAAUUCCUUUAGCGCCAAAGGGUGCUAACUUUCAGUCAGCAUCCCUGUUAACCACUUCAGGUACAGAUGUAAGUACCAUUGCGCCUCCUAUCUCUAACAAGUCUAUUGCUAGCUCAACAUCACAGUAUUCAGCAACUUCUCAACCCAUUCCCCCUAUAUUGGGAAUAUCAAAUUCAGUGCAAACAGAGACAGCACCACCCUCACUUGUAACCCCUGGGCAGCUCUUGCAAUCCGGACAAAGUGCAGUUUCAUCUGCUUUAUCAUCACAAAUAGCUCAUAAAGAUGUGGAAGUGGUUCAAGUAACCCCACAAAAAUCUUCACAGCUACCAGUUCCAGCUGCCACAGAAGCUCAACCACCAAUUUUGUCAUUACCCCAACAAUCUCGCCCUGUCUACAAGCCAAAUGGAGUUCCUCAUCAAGCUCGGUACAACAACUACAGAGGACGAGAAAGAGGAAGAGGAUCAGGGAGUUCACGCCCGGUUAUGAAAUUCAAUGAAGAAUUUGACUUUAUGGCAAUGAAUGAAAAGUUUAACAAGGAUGAAGUUUGGGGAUAUCUUGGCAAAGGUAACAAAUCCAAUUCGAAGGAAAAGGAAGGGGAUGAAAUUGCCGGUGAAGGUGAUCAUUUUGAAGAAGUUGAUGCUGAAUUACCCAAGUUGGAUGUCAAACCUGUAUACAGCAAGGAUGACUUUUUUGAUACUCUCUCUAGCAAUGCAACUGAUAAUCAAUCUAAUAAUGGAAGAACCAAGUUUUCUGACCAGAUGAAGUUAGAUACUGAGACGUUUGGAGAAUUCUCAAGGUAUCGUGGUGGCAGGGGUGGUCGAGGUCCUAGUCGAGGUGGUCGUUUUAGAGGAGGUUAUUAUGGGAGAGGAUAUGGUUAUUCUGGAAGGGGACGUGGUCGUAAUAUGCCCAGUCGUGAUUACUGAAACUGGCUGUCAAGGGGGGAGCGGCUAUGAGGGCCUAGUGGUCCCCAGGAAGCAACUGAUUUAGGUUCUGUUUGUAAUUUCCUGCAUUUUGUGUCCAGACUGGAAUAAAACUAGAAAAUGUUUGAGCAUUAGUAGUGCUUCUGAAUUCUUCUACAAUGGUGGGAUUUUUGAAGGUUUUCAACAAGUUGAUUUAAAGGUUAGGGAAUAUUCCUAUUCCUAUGCCUAUAGGGUACAUGAUAUUAGAAAAGUGACUGUAAAUUCUAUGUUCAUGAUAUGGAUAGUUUGCUUGAAGUA